UUCGUCCUCUCACCGUCCUCUGCAUUAUAUUAUCCAGCUCUCGCAAUUCUAGAUUUAUAUAUAGGUGAUGUCAACGUACUCGUCCAAUUUACAUUCACAUCUCAAUCACUCUGCACCGAUUAUAAACCGGAAGCCUAGAUUCCUCGAUCCUCUAAGACCUUUUCUUUUCUUUAUACCGAAUAAAUAGCCCUCUUUUUUGUCUUUUUUCAUUUUUGCCCUUUUGGGUGCUUCAAAUUCUAGGGUUUCAAAAACUGUAAGCUCCAGGGUUUGAUUGGUCGCUCUGCUAAGUAUGGAUCUUGAAUUGGUGAAGAGGACCUUGGAUUUUUCUCGGAGGAGAAAGAAAUGGCUUAUUCUUCUUGCCGCUUUUGGUGUCUCCAGUUACGGUGUUUACAAGGUCUAUCAUUUACCGUCUGUGGUCAAUAAGAGGAAGGGUCUUGUUAAGCUCUUUCGAGCCUUAAUUUCCAUGGCUGAGAUGGUCGCGGAUUCGGCGGACACGAUCGGCAUCGUCUCCAAGGACUUGAAGGAGUUUAUCCGAUCCGACUCCGACCAAAUUCCCAAUAGUGUGAAGCAGAUUUCGAAAAUCGUGCGGUCAGAAGAGUUCUCGGAAUCGUUGGUUGGGGCUACGCAGGCUUUGACGAUUGGGAUUUUGCGAGGUUAUAAGUCCGAGUCGAGGAUUGACAGGGAGUCUGAUACGAGUUCGGCAAGUUCGAGCUUUCCUGAUGGGGUUUUGGAGAAGCUUUUCUCUACGGCUGGGACCGGUUUUGUUUCGGUUGUGGUUGGAAGCUUUGCGAGGAACUUGGUUUUGGGAUUUUACUCCAGUGAUGUAUCCAUGGAUGGUCCUGGUGUGUCCCAACGCGGGUCAAGUUUAUCAGACGAGCCUGGUUGGCUAAAAGUGAUUUCUGGUGAUAAAUCCAAGGAACUCAUAGCAAAUUGCAUUGAAGUUUUUGUAAGCACGGCAGUUGCUGUUUAUCUAGACAAAACUAUGAAUAUUAAUAUGUACGAGGAAAUGUUUAGUGGAUUAACCAACCCCAAGUACCAAGACAGAGUGAGGGACGUUCUGGCUACUGUUUGUAAUGGUGCCGUGGAAACCCUUGUAAGAACAUCUCACCAAGUAUUGACGAGUUCAGGUCCAGGUUCGAAACCCCGUUCAAGUUCUUCUUGUUCAAUAGUUGAUCAGAGCGAAGGUACAAGUGCCACCAAAGAUGAGUGUUUUGAGCGAGAAGCUUCUACAACGCAUCUGGAAGAUGGGAAUAAGUUUGAUCAAAUUCAGGAGAGUGAGUGGGUGGGGAAGGUUUCUUCUAUGUUGGCAGUGCCGAGCAAUAGGAAGUUUGUUCUUGACGUGACUGGGAGGGUGACUUUUGAAACAGUGAGAUCCGUGGUGGAGUUUCUCUUUUGGAAGCUUUUAGAUGGCUUAAAAAGAAGUCUUAAUGUAGUUCACGAGGAGGUUGUGGAGCGAGGUUUGGAAGUUGUCAGAUAUUUCGGUGCAAAGUCUUCUGUUAUCGUUACCAUAUGUCUUGCCUUGUAUCUACAUGUUCUUGGUGGUACCAGGAUUCUCUUGCCCGCUUAGUUCAGCGGGAUUCUCCCUCCCUUAUUAAGAGCUUUUCAUGGAUAUUUCAACUACUAUGCUAAAGUUGCUCCUCAAGAUAGUUUUUGUAUGUAAAUCUUUGUCACUCUUAAUUGAAAUGCUCGUUGGGCCUACUUCAUCUUGAUUGAUAGACUUGGUUUUUGAAAAUUCUUCGUUUUCCUCUGGUUACCCCUUCCAGUGACAUGCAUAUAUGUAUGCAAAGCGCAGUUUGAAGCUGAAAGGUGUUCCACGAACAUAGUUGUAUUUCAGGGGUGGAGCCACAGAGCUUUAUUGUUGUAUUUUUUUUUGGUGGAACGGAGGAGGGGAAUGGGACAUUAUGUUGUGGUUA